AUUCCUCCGUAGCCCAUUUUCGAAAACUGCCGGAGCCAGAUCGAUCGAUCGCAGAGAGAGAGAGAGAGAGAGAGAGAGAGAGAGAGAGAGAGAGAGAUUAGGAAAAGCAGAUGAUGAUGAUGAACGUUUUGGCAUUUAGUCUGGUUGUGAGUUCGCUAGCAGCCGCAGGCGUAUGGUCUCCAACCCCAACCCCGCACAACGAGAGGGAGAAGGUGAUAUUUCAAGAAGGGCACAGGGUCAUAGUGGUUGAGUACGAGAAAAAAGGCGCUGGCAACACCAAAGUCUCCAUUUCCCCACCAGAACCCCAUCCCCUCGAUCAAUCUCCGCCUCCAAAUGUACUCCAUGACAUUAAAACCCAUAUUUCCGACGCCGGCGAGAAGUUGUCAGAGGCAACCACCGGAGCCGUAGAACACACCAAAGAAAAGCUCAAAGAAGCUGCUUCUGUCCUCCCAAAUCUGGGUCAGGGCCUUUCCUAUUCGCCCCCUACGCAUAACGGUCCCGUUUCGAACACACAAGGUGCGAAAGAGCUCAUAUGCGACGCCUUCGGCAAGUGCAAACACAAGAUCUCGAGCGCACUAAGCGGAGCGAAAGAGAAGGCGCUCGAGGUUGAAGACGCGGCGAGAGACGCAGUCGGGGAGGCCAAAGAGGAGGUGUCUGAGAAAGUGGUAGAAGCAAGAGAAGCCGUCGAGAAUGCUAAAGAAAAGGGGAGGAAUGUUUCGGAGAAAGCGAAAGAGGCGAAAGAAAGGGUGGAAAUUGAGGUGGAGAGGGUGAAGGCCAGCGUGCCGGACUUGAGUUGGGAGAGGGCGUGGAAGAAUUUGGCAAACGUAGUGUGGCGUGGACGGGACGUGAUGGCGGAAGCAGUGGCGUACGUGUGGAGCUGGCCAGUUGGGGUGAAAUUGAAGGUGAGAGAAUUGAUGGGGAUGGUAGAGUUGCUGGGUUUCUCGUCGGCGUACGGGACGUGCGUGUGGAUAACGUUUGCGUCGAGCUACGUGUUGGCGGGGGUAUUGCCGAGGCAGCAGUUUGCGGUGGUGCAGAGCAGGGUCUACCCUGUUUAUUUCAAGGCCAUGGCGUAUUGCGUUGGAUUGGCUUUGAUUGGGCAUUUGUUUAGCAAGAGAGGGAUGGGGUGGUUCUUUUUUAUGACCAAGGCUGAGAUCUUUCAUUGCUGUAAUCUUUUGGUCUCCUUCCUCAUGAUUCUCACCAAUUUGCUCUACUUGGAGCCUAGAGCCACCAAGGUGAUGUUUGAGAGGAUGAAAAUAGAGAAGGAAGAAGGGAUGGGAAAAGAUGGACUCACUUCGGAACCUAGCAGGGCGGCUGAGUGCCACCCGAUUAGUGGGGCUACAGCCACAGCUGCAACCACAGCCACGACCAGCCGGACCACCCCGAGAAGUGCACCUACCCCUCUAGUUCUCGAAAAGCAGGAGCAGGAGUUGGUGAAGUUGAGUAUUACUAGGCUGAAUGAGAGGCUGAAGGCCCUGAAUACAUACUCAUCCUUCCUAAACGUCCUGAGUCUCAUGGCACUCACUUGGCAUCUAGUUUAUUUGGGCCAGCGUCUCCACAUGACCUGUCCACACUAGUUAUUGAGGUUUUUUAGUUAUUGACACCAUUUCUGGUACACUGGUGCUUGGUUUUACUGUAUAUUUCUGUUUGUCUCUUCACCAUUUGUGACACAUGUAGAUUUUUCAAACUGUAGCAAGAAUGCCGUGUGACAUGUUCAUAGUGCAGUUGUUAAUCAUCACUUUGAAAAA